CAAAUUGACUUUGUUCCCUGAAAGGCGUGUGUGUCGCUACAAAACGGACGCCUGGUUACUUUGGACUGGCUGCUUCUCGGGGCUUGUUAUCCAGGUUUUACCCGAAUACGAGGGUCAAAUGUAGACAGUGACGUGUCCGAUAACGGACUCAUUUGCGUUACUCUUUCUGUUCCGUCGCUUUUACAGUAAAUCGUUGACCCGGUGCAAAGUCAAAGUAGACUAUAAUCGAAGCGGCUGGUGCUCGCUGUGAUCGGAGUGCUGCGUUGAUCUUCCUGUCGAGUUAAAGCUCGUUUUUUUUUUUUGGUAUCUCCGAUCUGCUUUACCGCGGCUCGGCCCCGGGAAGCGCUCCGGUAAAGACCACAGACACAAUGGCGAGGUCUUUACCGCGGCUCCCCAACUCCAUGCGCACUUUGGAGGAAAUUUGAGAAAAACCAAAAAAAAAAACGCCUCCCAUCGGCCCUGUGCUCCCGUGUGUUACAAUGAUCAGUCAUAAGGCCUGUAAAGACGGGGACGCACCGAGCAUAUCGGCUGUGUUUGUGAACCGAGAUGAGAAUCAUGCUGGAUUGAGAUCCUCGGCGGCAUCGUGUUUUUGUGACCGUGUCUCGGUGAAAGUUAUGUGAAAUGCAGUGCGAUGGGGUGAAUGCCAUACAAGCGGCUCCUCUCACAGGAGCGGGGCGGGCUUUAGUGCGCUCUUGUGCUCGACUGCUGGGUCUUGGACACGCAGUCGCACACAAGGCUGACACCUCUAUGGCAAUGGACACAGACAGUAAUGCAGAUGAGGAGGGGGCUGAUGAGAGCCGGGAUGGGCAGGACGGGCCCUCUCCUGGCCGCACGUAUGAAGAUGCCGUGGUGCACUGUGCCUCUGUGCGAGCCGCCUCUGCCCCCUGCUCUCCCUCUGGCACUCGGCCUGGCCCCGGCCCUGGCUGCAGCCCUGGCUCGGGGCUGGACUGUGUCUCUUUCCAGAAGGCUGGUGAGAGGCCCAGCUCCUUGCCCCCCUCCAGCCCCAGGGCCCUCGCACACAAUGACUGGGCUUAUGAUUCUGCUGUCUGCCCAGCGGAGCGCCAGCACCCAGGAAUGCAGAGAGACAAAGCAGCAGCCACGAAGCCAGCAAUCAACUCUACCACCACCAGCCCCUGUGCUUUAAAGAACAACGUGAAGAAAGAAGAUGGAGGCAAGGUGGAGGAUAGCAGCCUUUCGUCUGACCAGUUGGUACCAGACUAUGCAGCACGAAUGGAUGAGACCAGGAGUGUAACCGAUGGAAGACCACAGACAGUGUCUCUGCCACCUGACAACUGUGCAUUUAAAAAGAAGAUAGAUAUAUUGCCUUUUACAACAGCUGAAGACGGUCUUCUGAAUGGUGGUAAAGGUGAUGAAGUCUCUGUGAAGAAGGAGAAGAUGAGCCAGAACUUGUUGCAGUGGACUGUGGCAGAUGUGGCCAGUUACUUCUCAGCUGCAGGCUUUCCAGAGCAGGCCAUGGCGUUUCGAACACAGGAAAUUGAUGGGAAGUCCCUUCUCCUGAUGCAGCGCAGUGAUGUGUUGACUGGUUUGUCCAUUCGACUCGGCCCUGCCCUCAAAAUCUACGAGCGCCAUGUAAAGGUCCUGCAGAGGACCCACUUCCUGGAAUACGAAGACCUCUGAAGUGGUGAUUCACAUGGCAGAAAAUGCUGCAUUGACCCAAACAUGCAUGCAGUGCCCUCUCCCAUCCGGAUCCUGCCACCCACCUUCAUAUACAGCAUAUGUAGAGGGUGAGUGGAGGCGGAAAUGCUGCGGUGGAAUGAACUUUCACUGUGAGAAUGACCAGAAACUGAAAGACAGUCAUCCUACCUCUCAUUACGGUCUUUGGUUUUUAAAUAAUUGUCAUUUUGCCCAUGUGACCACAUAGUGAAGGGAAGAGACUGCUACGACCAGAGUGUGUUGUAAAGUGGAGGAGCAAUGACCUCUCUGCAAUAGUAAAAGAUGGGUAAUGCAGCCAGGGAAGAGGACUCAACCUUGCACCAAGUGCACCACCUAUGGGCUACUAUACUCAUACAGACCAGACUGCAUAGUGCUGUAGCAAAGUGCUGUCACAGUUUUGGGUCCACAAGAAAAUGUGGGUUUGUUGCGGUUUUGAAAUUUCUCCCAGUGUCCUCCCUCUACCUACCACGGUACCUUCUGUCAGUCCAGAAACAGUUUGUAACUCACACAGAUCAACAAAAAGCACAGGUGCUGUGCACUUUUCUUUACUCAUAUGAUGGGUUGAUGUAAAUGUCAUCAAAGUGCUGGGGAAGUCAGACUAUCUACAUAUCUGCAUCAAAAGUCAACAGAGUCUGAUUCCUGACUUAUCAUGUCACCAAUAGCUGCUGAUGUUGGAUUACGUCUUCAGUGUCUCUGUAACACUGAGAUAUAACCAAUAUGAUAUACUACUACUUGCUGGCAAGGCAAUAUGAUGCGUGUUGUUUUUUUUUUUGUUUUAUCUUGUUUAGAAAUGACUGUGGUCCAAUUUAAUACAGUUGCAUUCUGGGGAACAAUUUCACAACGACGUGACCAGAAAAUUUACAGCUUAAUGGAAUUUGCUUUCAUACAUAAGCAAAGUAAAGUAAUGAACUUGUGGGGAAUGUUAUUGUGAUACUGAAUAUAUUGUUUUACAUUCAAUCCAGCUGCUCAGUGCCUGUUUACAGAGCAGAUAUGUUGAUCAAAUGCAAUAUUUUAUGUUCUCAUCCAUUUAUAAUUUUGUCAUGUUUCUCUGUGUUAUGAUCUAAGCCAGCCACUUGAAUUGUAACAUUCCAUAUGAUGUAGUCUACAUCUGCAAUGUAUCUCCUCCCCUUUUUAUCUGUAACACUGACACUUCUUCCAGAGUCACAAAUAAAGUUCGUGUCGCUCUGUUCA